UUAAAAAAAAAAAGGUUUCUCCUUUUUUUCACAUACUUGAUCACUGUUCCCGCAGACCAGGAAACAAAAGCCCCCCAUCUCCAAAGAAGCAGAAAGGAGAGCUUUCAUUCUACCGGAAAAAAAUAGUACUUUCAGUUUACUGUUAUAAUAAUCUCUCUCACAAUCACUCUCCAAGUGGAAGAAAGUAAAAUAAAAUUGAAAACUUGUGUAGUUUCAACAAGUAGAGCGAGCAUGAAGGGCCAUGAAUCAAAGAUGCCAAGAAUGGAGGAUAUUCUUAACCUUCCGGUGCAAGAUCCUCCUUGCACAGAGUUCUCUGCUGCUGACAUAAAAUGGGUAAAAGUAGAGGGUGGUCGCCAAGGUGGUGAUGAUAUUGCUCUAAUACCUUUUGCUAGAGUAGAUGAUUUUGUAAAAGGGGAGUCUUCUAAUGCAGAAUGUCCUGCUAGUUUCCGUAUUGAGUCAAGGAGGAAGAGAUCUGAAGGAAGUAUCAGCAAACCAAGGGUCGAUGGAUAUCUUGAGUAUACACUAUACUGGUGUUCAUAUGGUCCUGAAGAUUACCGAGAUAGUGAGUCUGGUCUUGGGGAUGUCUCAAAUUUCAAACCUGCCACAGGGAAGGGAAGCAGACCAGGUAGACGCCACAUGAUGAGAGGUUGCCUUUGCCACUUUACUGUAAAACGCUUGUACACCCGUCCCCUCCUUGCCCUUAUAAUUUAUAAUCAAAGAAAACAUGUGGAUAAAACGGGGGCCCCUUGUCAUGGGAUACUUGAUCAGGAUGCUGUGGGAACAAGAGCUAUGUAUGCUCCAAGAAUCUCCGAGGAAUUACGCCAGAAGGUGAUGUCUAUGCUUUAUGUUGGAAUAUCUUUGGACAACAUAAUUCAGCAUCAUAUGGAGGUGGUCCAAGAGCACGGGGGCCCGCACAACCGAGAUGAUUUUCUCACACGAAAUGAUGUUCGUAACAUUGAAAGAGUUAUUCGUAAUACUUCACAUGAACUUCAUAUUGAUGAUGAAUGCAGUGUAAAGGUAUGGGUACAAAGGCAUCAAAAGCAUGUUUUUUACUUCCAAGAUGCUUCUGGUUCAGAACCAUUUCUUUUGGGGAUACAGACAGAUUGGCAGCUGCAACAGAUGCUUCAUUAUGGACAUAAUGGUUCAAUAACUUCUCAUUCUACGUUUGGCUCAAAAAAACUUAAGUAUCCCCUAUCCACAUUACUCGUCUUUGACUCAUCCCAAAAUGCAAUUCCUAUUGCGUGGGUUAUUACCUCCUCUUUGAUUGGUCAAGAUAGUCAUAAAUGGAUAGGUUCGCUUGCUGAAAGAAUCCGAACAAAGGACCCUAGAUGGAGACUCAAUGCCUUUUUAGUAGAUGACCCUUCUUUUGGGAUUUCAGUCGUAAGAGAUGCUUUCCAGUGCCGGGUUCUAUUGUGUGUCUGGCAUGUUCGCCGUUCUUGGAUAAGGAAUCUUUUAAAGAAGUGCUGCAACAUUGAUGUGCAGCGAGAGAUGUUUAAGCACUUGGGCUGGAUUUUAUAUUCCUCCAGAAGUGGGCCAAAUGUGAUGGAUGCAGUUGAAGAAUUCUUGGAAAUAUUUGUUGAUCAAUCUGCUUUUAUGGAUUAUUUCAAGAGCCGAUGGUUACCAUACAUGGAGAUGUGGGUUGGUGGCAUUAGGUCACUUCCUGUUGUUGGUCCAGAGCCCCAUGCUGCCAUUGAAUCUUAUCACCUAAGAUUGAAGUACAAGCUUUUUAAGGAGCAACAUGCUAAUUUCUGGCCUAGAAUUGACUGGUUGAUCCAUAGUUUGACCACUGAAUUUCACUCCUUAUAUUGGUUAGAUCAAUACACCAUAGAAACAGGAUAUCUUCCAAAUAUUAGAGACGAAUCUUUCUCAAGUAAUGCUUGGUAUCAGGCCUUACACAUACCAGAUGUUGAUGUCAUAUUGGACGAGCAGAACCUCCAGUUGGCAAAGGUCAUCUCGCAAACAGAUAGAAACCUGGCUUAUGCAAUUUGGAAUCCUGGUUCAGAAUUUUCCCUCUGUGAUUGCCACUUGUCAAGUCAGGGAAAUCUCUGUAAGCAUGUCAUUAAGGUGGCUAUGAUAUGUAAAAACCGGCAGGUUGCAAGGCCACUAUUGGCAGCUCAAAUUUAUAGGCAGACCUUGCUUAGUCUUCUGCAUAAUCCCCCAGAUGAUCCUGUAGUUCUUGAUCAUGCUAUUUCAUCUGCAACUCGCUUGCAACAGGAUAUCAAAGGCUUGGAAGACUUGUCUAACAGUGGGCUACUUCAGCAAUUGCCUUCUGAGAUUAACUCUCAAAUAGCAGAUAAUGCUCUCUUUUUUGCACGUUCUCACUGAUUAGACCAUCUAAAAAGCAAUUUAAUAAAACAACACUUUAUCUGAGGCUGUGGAGUUACUAGUAUCUUCUGACAAUCUAGCUUCUGAUUGAGUCAGAAUGUAUUUAACCAUGCUUGGAAAAGCAAUAUAAAGUUUUAAAUUGAUGGCAUUCAAACACCCCUACUUGAGGUCCUUAGCUGUUCAGCUGCCAAGGUCAAUAUUCUUCUCAGUUCUCCUUUCCCAGAACAGUGAACAUAAAAUGGAGGAUCCUUGACGAAAUAUGUUUAUUUUAGAAUUUCACUCGGAUCUUCUUACAGUAAGGACUAGAUUUACUUUUUCUUCUACUGAAGUUAUCUAAACAAAUAGUAUAAUCUUUGUGUCUGUAGUCUUUUAUCGUGGAUUUGAUCAGAAAAGCAUAUGAAAGGCUUGGGGGUAUUGUAGAGCAGCUUUCUCAAGUGUAAUAUGACAAACUUGCUGCUGAUUGGAGAUAUUCACUUCAACAUAUGAAAGCACGUGAUACAUGGAUGUCAACCAUCUAUUAAUCCUGUUACAUACGAUUUUGAUGCGGGUCGUCUUCAUAUUUAUAGAUGGUCAAGCAACAAAAUCUGGCCAUACCAGUAAUUAUAAAGUAGGUAUCGUUUAGCCUGUAACAGUUUGCAGCCUCAAAGUCUCCUGUUUCCAUGCAUGGUGGUGCAGCUGAAAGUCCUGGCGCACGGGCUAGCUAUAUCUUGCCGUGGUAGUUGAUAGUGUUGUCAGUGAAGGUUAGGUAAUGUCUUUAUUGAGUUUGAUUGCACUUGUAUGUAUGGCCUUAUCUUCUGCAUCGUUGCUCUCUAGGAGAAUCAUGGACUAGCAACGGUUGCGUGGUAGGUUAACUUAUCUCCUCCCCUGCGAUGACAAUCUGCCUCUUCCAUUAGGCGUAUAAGAAAAACAAAAGGAGGUCCUGGCAAAGUUGUGUUUGUAGGUUAUACAUUAAUAUGGUGAUAUACACUUACUUUCUCAAGGUAGUUUUCAAAUAAUCAGCAUUACAAGAUUGCAAAUUAUCAGGAGUAAUGUUGAUUCAAUUGUCAAGUUCGUAUACCAACAAAGACAGCUGGAUCAUGUAAUUUUAUGAGGUGAGACUUGAGAGGAUGAAAGCCACCUGCUCUAAAUGAAUUUUUACUCAGCAUUAACCAUUGGUUAUUUGCAGAUCCUCUUUAUCAUCUACUAUACCAUCGUUUCAGAGAACAGAGAAGCAUGGUUUAUUGGAAUUCUAAAAAGGUUUCUGCAUUCCGGUGACAUUUCAGACUUACUCCAGAAUUAGUUGCAAAACCAUGAAUAACCGAAGCACAAAUCUGAAAUUGAAUAAAAAUGCUGCUACAAAUCUACAAUAGCAGAAAUUCGAGGGGGGGGUUUUUUUUUUUUUCUUAAUCUCCCCUAAGGCUUCAGCUAAGCAUGAUAAGAAUCAGAAAUAAACCGACAAAACAGUAGCAAAUCUGAUGCUGCUACCGUCUGAAUCUGCUUGUCAUGAAACCAUCAUAGCUAAAAAUAAAUCUCAUCCUUACAAUUACAAUUUCCUGCAACCUACAUUCUCUAACAACAAAAAAAAAAAAAAAAACCAAAUACACCCUGACAAUUCAAAUAAUCCUGGGAAAAAACGUUCUCCUCACAAUUCUCUUCUCAACAGCUACUUUCUUCAAUUUUUAGCUUGACAAAAACCAUUUCCAUGACAGCUGCAAUGACGUGAUCAUAGUCUUUCGUCUUCUUCUUUGCAUUUUGAUGAGGACUCAGUGGCAACUAAUAAUAAAC